AAGAAAAACAAGAAAUACAUACGAGAAUAAACUCAUAUCACCAAUCCAAAAGAUUCACAGAUGUUAAUCGUUUUUUGAGCCUUUGUAUUUUUUGAAACAGAAAUUACUAGUUUUAAACUUUGGAACGCGAAUGGGGAGGGAUCAUUCAGUCCAGUUCUCCUAAUGAAUUUGAUUGGUAGAGAACUUGGCGGGCACAGGGACCACACGGAAGUCUUUCUCUCGCGGCGAACAGUUGGCGCACCUCCUGCCUCACUGACUCACUUGUGUGACAGACGCUUCGGCGAUGUAGCGCAGCGUCUCGGAGACAUUACCCGUUUAUUUCCCUCUCAUGUUAUGAAACCAACAUGGUUUGAGGAUGGCUAAGCGACCAGGGACCGGCGACGGAAUGCUGGCUUCGCCAACCAUCGGCCGGAAUUUCGCCGCGGAUUUGAACGCCGAGAAGAACCCAAACGCGGACUCCUGCUGCGACGGAGCCGAGGACGUCUCCCUGGAACAAAUCCUCAAUUUGUACAGUCAGCCGAUCAACGAGGAGCAGGCAUGGGCAGUGUGCUACCAGUGCUGUCGGAGUUUAGCGCAAAAACCCUGGCGGAGGGGGCAGAAACCUGCGGGCGCCUCCGCAGCGAGGAGGAUCGAGGGACCCGGGAAUGUGAGCAUCGCGAGAGACGGGACCGUGAGGCUGCGCUUUGAAGGCGACACAGAUAAAUAUCAGCCAGCGUCAACAUCAUUGGAGAUAAUUGACUCCCUGGGCAUCAUGAUCUACAAAGCUCUGGAUUAUGGCCUCAAGGAGAACGAAGAGCGAGAGCUCAGCCCCCCGCUGGAGCGCCUGAUUGACAUGAUGACCAACAUUGACGCAAAGGAGAACGACCCCUGUCCUGACGAGGGCUAUGAAGCCACGGAGGAGGAGGAAGAGUGCGAGGAAGACGACGGCAAAGAGGAGCUCACCUCUGUCAGCUCAGUCGGCACAAUCAGCAGCAUCCAGAGUUAUCAGGACAUCAUCGCGAUAUGCUCAUCCCAUCUACCCAGCCCAUCAGAGGCUCCAAACCAUUACCAAGCGGUGUGCCGGGCUCUGUAUGCAGAAAGCAAAGAACUACACACUUUUCUGGAGAAGAUCAAAAGCGCCAAAGAGAACCUUCAGAAGAUGGAAUGUAAGACUCAGGAGGAGCAGGUUAAAGACCUGGAUGAGCUACAAAAUGCAGACUGGGCGCGCUUCUGGGUGCAGGUGAUGAGAGAUCUACGGCACGGUGUAAAGUUGAAGAAGGUACAGGAACGUCAGUACAACCCGCUCCCCAUAGAGUACCAGCUCACGCCUUAUGAAAUGCUGAUGGAUGACAUCCGCUCCAAGCGUUACAAGCUGCGAAAAGUCAUGGUGAAUGGGGACAUUCCGCCACGGUUAAAGAAGAAUGCUCAUGAGAUCAUUCUGGACUUCAUUAGAUCCCGACCUCCUCUAAAUCCUGUGUCGGCCCGGAAACUGAAGCCUCACCCCCCUCGCCCGCGGAGCCUCCACGAGCGACUGCUGGAGGACAUCAAGGCUGAGAGGAAGCUCAGGCCCGUUUCACCAGACAUGAUCCGAAGGAACCGCCUGGGUGCGGGGAAAAGCUUCAGCACACCGCAGGACUUGUUCCGUAGUUCAGACACGCCUGAUGCCCCGAGGAAGCUGGUUGGCAGCACUCAGUCUCUGGCCAGCGUCACUACUGGAUCCAUUCAGGGACCGCAGCCAUUGAGUCAAAGGAAGAGGUUACUAAAAGCUCCCACCCUGGCUGAGCUGGACGCCUCGGAAUCGGAUGAGGAGACCACACAGAGCAGCUCCAACAUGUCCAUGAUCGAGGAGACGUCUCCUGAAGAUGUUGACGAAAAAAAGGGUCCUCCAAAGUUCCUGUCUGUUUCUGCAACACCGCAGCCAGACAAACAUCACACGACAAUGAGGAGGCACUCUAUUGAGAAGGAGGCUCCAACCUACAUCCGCCCCUUGGUAGCACCAUCCAGACAGAUUUCUAAGUCUCUGCGAAUGGGGGAUCCUGGCGUCAAGCUGUCUGCGGGUCAGGUGGAAGCAGCCGCCAGUACUCAGGGCACGGAGGAGUUCAGCUAUCCAUUGGAGGGUCUGGCGCUGACCGUGGAGGAGGUGAUGCACAUCAGACAGGUUCUCGUCAAGGCCGAGCUGGAGAAGUUUCAGCAGUACAAAGAACUCUACACUUCCCUCAAGAAAGGAAAGCUUUGCUUUUCAUGUCGGACCAAAAAAUUCUCGCUCUUCACCUGGUCUUACACCUGCCAGUUCUGCAAAAGGCCUGUGUGCUUCCAGUGUUCAAAAAAGAUGCGUCUGCCAUCGAAGCCCUAUUCCACUCUGCCCAUCUACACCCUGGGUCCCAGUACAUCGUCUAAAGAGGAAGCUGAUGGUCCUUCUGUCUCCUCCGACAAGCACCCUUUCGGAUCUGCAAAUAGCAGACACAGCCUGCGAAGAAGCGUGUACAAGUUCUCCAAGCACGGCAGCAAAGACGGCCGGUCCCACGACGAGCUACAGCUGCCCAAAGAGCUGACGGAGGACUGGGUCACCAUGGAGGUCUGCGUCGACUGCAAGAAGUUCAUCACUGAUAUCAUCACCUCCAGCAAGCGCAGCCUGAGCAUGGCCACCAAGCGGGCGCGCCUCAACCGCAAAACCCAAUCCUUCUACAUGUCCUCGUCCAGCUCGGUUAACUUCAAGCCCAUGGAGCGCACAAUCAACGAGGUGUGAAGCCGACUCAGACUUUGCAUUAAAACCAGCCUCUCGCCCUGGAAAGGUUCCCCCGCCUCAGGAAAAACCGUAAAUUCCAAAAUUGUCAACAACUCAAAUAGUUAAUAACAAGGGAAAUCCAUUUCCAUUUUUCAGGCAGUGAUAAAUCAGCGUGUGCUGGUCAAAAUCAGCUGCCUGGGUAGGAUGACACAAAUGUUGGAUCGCAAGAUAUAGAAAGCCAAAAGUCUCAAGUGAUAUCAUGUAAAUAGUGCAAAGACCCAAUCAAUGCUAGCUAUCUAUGUUUUCCAAAUCCUGUUUACUUUUAGCACUCAGGAAAAAAAAAAAAGAUUGUCAUUAGACAGAAAUGCACUGUUGAGCCUCCUGUCAGGUUUGCUGGGGCAGAUCUCUGUCUGUCUCCAAUGCUCCUUUCCUUCCAGCAACAAUUAUGCCAAACGUCUCAAGAGUUUGAGCCCGUUUACAUGCAUCUUUGCCAUCAUUUCAUAAGGCGGAGACUACAUGUAAAGCAGUAAAAAAUGUUUCUGUUUGGGUUUUAUUUGGAUCAACUGUAGAUUCAGUUCUGUGCCUGGUGCCAACACGUCAUUUCCUUCUUUGAAUGCCUUCGUAGCCACCGACUUUUUGUACAUAUUUGUGAUGAAUAAAGCGGGUGAGGUUCUUGUACAAUGCAGGUUUUUGUUUUCCUGCCUCUCUUGGGUUUUAAGGCGGGCAGCAGAAGCACAAACAUGCAGGAUUAAUGUAUGCUGUAAAUGUAAAAUACUCAAAUCAAUUUUUAUAUAUGAAACUCAUGAAGUACAAUGUUUAAAAAUGGCAUUGGUUAAUAUUUUGUUUUGUCAAAGUACUUGGAUUUUAUGUUGUAUAAAGUUAUGCAUUCAGUGUUAACAUUUCCCUCGUAAAUGAUAAAUAGCACUUUUUACCAAACCAACUUUUUUUGUUAUUUGUUUUUUCAUAAGUAAAAUAAAUUAGGAAUUGCCAGUUUUGCCAGCUGCUGGUUGUUCCAAAUGAAAUGAGUAUAGCCAAGCCCUUCACAGAAUUGAAGUCUGGUUGCAAAUGCAUUGUGUUUAAAUAAAAAAAUCCUAUGGUUUUAAAUACUUCUGACAUUUGUUACUACAUUAUUGCAUCACUCGCCUGUUAACUGACAUUGUUCUAAUAAAACAAUCUGUUUUCCUUUAGA